GUUGAAGGCACCUUGGAACUUGGACACCUAUUCUGAAUCCGGAGACAAGGUACUUAUUAUCUCUGUCUCCUCUUUCAUCUCCCUUUUCUCUUUCUUUUAUUCUACUAGCAUUGAAAAAUGGCGAUCCAAGCUUCAGCUACUCGUCUCUUUAAGAGGGCGGCUAUCCCCGCAUCUCGCCAGUGGCAGAGACAGUUCAGCGCUGCAACCCCGGCACUCAAGGAGAUCCAGGAUGCCUAUAUCCUCAGUGCUUCACGUACUCCGACUGCUAAGUUUAAUGGGUCGUUCGCGUCAGUCUCUGCCCCCGAGCUGGGCGCCGUUGCGAUCAAGUCUGCUGUGACCAAGUCCGGACUCCCUGUCGAGAAGAUCACCGAUGUAUACAUGGGAAAUGUUCUCCAAGGAGCGGUCGGUCAGGCACCAGCCCGCCAGGCUUCUAUCUUCGCUGGUUUGUCGCCAACAGUGGAAUCCAUGACGGUAAACAAAGUGUGUGCAUCGGGUCUCAAGGCCGUAGCACUUGCUGCACAGAAUAUCCAGCUUGGCCUGGCAGACGCCCAAGUUGCUGGAGGAAUGGAGAAUAUGUCUCGUGUCCCUUACUACCUCCCACGUUCCAGCCAGCUUCCACCGUUCGGAGAGAUUAAAUUGGAGGAUGGUCUAAUCAAGGAUGGUCUGUGGGAUGUCUAUAACAAGUUCCAUAUGGGCAUCUGCGCCGAAACCACAGCCAAGAAGUACGAGAUCUCGAGAGAAGACCAGGAUCAAUAUGCGAUUCAGUCUUACCAGCGGGCCCAGAAGGCCUGGAGCGAGAAUAAGUUCGCCGAUGAAAUUGCCCCCGUCACUGUCAAGGGUAAGAAGGGCGAGACCAUUAUCGAACGUGACGAAGGAUAUGAGAAUCUGCGGAUUGAUAAGAUGAAAGCCUUGAAGCCCGCCUUUUUAAGGGAUGGCACAGGCACAGUCACUGCCGGAAAUGCUUCCACCAUGAAUGAUGGGGCGUCAGCUCUGGUUCUGGCUAGCAAGGACUUGGCUCGCGAGUUUGGCCAGGGUAACCGGUCUCUGGCGCGUAUCGUGUCUUCUGCGGAUGCCGCUAUUGACCCUGUGGACUUCCCCGUCGCCCCAGCUAAGGCAGUUCCCAUUGCCCUCGAGCGAGCUGGUAUCACCAAGGAUCAGGUUGCCGUCUGGGAGUUUAAUGAGGCAUUUGCUGCCGUUAUCAAGGCAAACGAGAAGAUUCUUGGAUUGCAGAACGCCCGUGUCAACCCUCUGGGAGGAGCUAUUUCUCUGGGACAUGCACUUGGAAGCUCAGGAUCCCGUAUCCUGGUCACUCUUCUCCACCAGUUGCAGCCUGGUGAAUAUGGUGUGGCCGCAAUCUGCAAUGGUGGUGGCGCCGCUAGUGCCAUGGUUGUUCAGAAGCUGGACCGGGUUGACUAGAGUGAUGCUGUGGUUUUGGCCUGUGCACCGGCAUAUGACAUUUUCUUUUGAUUUUAUUUCUGAUUUGAAAAGCGACAACCGCGAUGAGUUUAUACCCGCAUAGGUCUGGACAAAGAACCGGCCAGCCAAAACCUGCAUAUGUAUAUUUAGGCGAACCGAGAUAGGAUUAGGCGACC